AUGUCGUGGGCAGAUGCGGAACGCCGCGAUGCCGUGCUCUCGAAGCCGGCGGACCCAAGGUACGACCCUUGCUCUUUGCGAGAGUGGCACCAUGUGAGCGCCGUUGGCGGUCGCAUGAGAGAUCUCCUCUCAAGGCACCCCAUCCGACGCCAGCUGCUGGACUGCCUGCUAGAGGAGCUGCCCAUCUUCUCCGCCACCAGCUCUGUGAAGCUACGGCAGGAGGCCCGGCAGGCGGUGCGCGUGGAGAAGCCCGAGUGCCCCCUGCACUGGAUGCACCGCAUGAUGGCGCCAGAGGCGCCCUUAGUGGCGCUGCCUAUGCGGAAGAAGGGCAAAGAGCACUGGGCGGAGCUGGUGGUGGAGUCAGUGUGUGGGGACCGCUGCACGAGCAUUCUGCUGGGCGUUUGCCCUGCGCGCCCAGACUUGUCCUCUGGGCCGCCAGGGGGGCGCGGCUACUUUGUGUCUUUGGCCGAGAUCCCAGACUGCAUCAGCGGGGUGCCCUACUGCACUACCUCAGCUCGCUUCGCACAGGGUACGCGCAUUGCCGCGCUCAUCACAGGCGACGGGAGCCUGAAGCUGCUGAGAGAUGGCCGUGUGAUCGGCACUGAGCAGCACCUUUUCACCGAGGCGCUGGAAGAUGCCGAAGCUUGGCCAGACUGGCGGUCGGCGGAGGCGGAAGUGGAGAUGUGCAUGUUGCAGCACAACACGGUGCUCAGCGAGCGGAAAUUGAAAUACCCUCAUCCAUGGGAAGCGCACAACUUCACGGUGGCCUUCUUCGAGAAGGGGUGGCCAGAGAUUGAGACGCUGACCAAUGAUGUCUUCACCUACUUGGGUUUGCCCAGCACGGAGCUCGGAGUCUGGCAGGUCCCGUGCUACGAGCGCUGCUUCAAUCGACAUGCAAGCGUGCGAUAUUUGAUCAACAUGUACACCCCAGAGGAGGUUGGCAAAGAACUCCGCAACCGGCCCAACCUCCGAGCGGUGGUUCCCGUGCGAAACCCUGUGCACAUGGUCGCCGCGUCGUACUGCUCUUUGAUGAGGGGGGAGGAGACGGCCAACGCCGACCUCUGGCAAGCCCUGCUGGUGGUGCCGGAAUCAGUACAAGGCUCUUUGAUGACUGUGGAGGAGGUGGCCAACGCUGACUUCACGUCGAUUCUCGGAACGAUGCUGAAAUCACCACAAGAAGGCGUAAACACCUGCGCAAAACGAUUGGUGCGCGUGAUCCAAGCGAUGGUGGAGACCAUGGAGGAACCCAAGCCCAACAUCCUUCGGUUGGAUUAUGAGAAGCUGGCGGGCUCCUCCUUUGGCUUCGAGGAGGAAAUGACGAAACUCAUGGACUUCUUCUUCGAGGACACCACGAGCCUCGCGGAGCGACAUGAGGCCAUGGAAAUCGCACGCAAGCAUGACCCGUCUCGCUUCGCGAACCCCGAGCACGAGGCCUGCGAAUCGAAGGCAGCUGCGCUGAUGACGAAUGCUACCUUAGCUCCCAUGUACAGAGAUUGGCAGAAGAGGCUGGGAUAUGUUGUGAGCAUUUAA